AUGACGUUGCUCAGCACCCUCGCCUGUCUAAUCUGCAGCUUGGUCGCGUGUCUCGACGGAUGUGACGCUGUGCCCGUCCCGUCAUGCCCCGAAAACGGCUGUAUCAUCUACGCUGAUCCCCCCUCUACUCCGCUGCAAGUGACUCUCCAUCCACUCGGGAUCGUUGUCGGCACGACUAGCGAAUACUCUGCGCAACGCUUCACGCUUCCAUACGCGCGUCCGCCGGUCGGGACGCUACGGUUCGCGUCGCCAGAAGCGCUCUCGCCGUUCGAGACGCUGGUCUACAACGCAACGAAGCUGCCAAAGGCGUGCAUGCAGCAGCCGGAUGCGUCGUACGGCAUCGAGGAGGAUCAUGUCAGCGAGGACUGCCUGUAUUUGAACAUUUAUCGGCCAUCGCAGCAGAUGGCGCAGAUGCCGGUGCUGGUGUGGGUGCACGGGGGCAGCUUUGUGAAGGGCACGUCGACGGCUCCUGGGCUGGACGGGUCGUGGCUGGCCAGCCGGUAUGGUGUCGUCGUGGUCACGAUCCAGUACCGCUUGGGUGUGUUCGGGUUUUUCUCUCCCACUGCGUUCACCGACGAAUUUUCAACUUCAUCUUCGAACGUGCAGGGCAACCAGGGCAGCCGGGACGCCAUCCAGGCGCUGCAGUUCAUCCACGACAAUAUCGCCGCUUUCGGAGGCGAUCCUAACCGCGUCACGCUGGCUGGGCAGAGCAGUGGCGCACACCUGAUCCGCUCGCUCCUCAACGCUCCCUCAGCCGCCCCGCUCUUCGCACGGGCGAUCCUUCAUUCAGACCCGGCCAACUUCGGCACUCAGACGCUGAGUACGAGCAAGGCGGUGAGCGACUUUGCCCUCUCGCAAACGGACUGUUCGGAUCUCGCGUGCUUGCGGUCCAUGUCGGCAGCGGAUCUGCUGAGUGCUAGUGCGACGACGGUGCAGGCUGGACAGAGCAUCAGUGCGUCUGUGGCAGAGGGCGAGGUGUGGCGGCCGUUCCUCGGCGCGCUGACCGGGUCCGCGUUUGAGCACAAGCCCAGUGGAGGCAAGCCGAUUAUAUUUACAAACGUGGAGAACGAAGGAGGAUCCGCAGUGGGGACGAUGCUGCUGCCGACAGGAGCGGAUGCUUCAAGUGCAGAGCUGCGAGCGUACCCCGUGACGAUGACGCGCGAGCAGCUGCUCGGCGAGAUGUUCAACGCAGGCCGCGGCGAGGCUCUCUCCAACGCGACGCAGUACGGCAUGAACACAAACACCUCCGCCUACCCUCCCCCCGCACACAUCGAACUCUACACGCAGUCCAACGACAGUCUGCGUCGUAACCUCGACACUGUCCUAACACAAGGCAUGUUCACCUGCCCCACCUGGUUCAACGCCCAACGCUAUGCUUCCACGAGCACACCCUCCUACGUCGCCCUCUUCGAAAAGGGGAUCCGCUACCCCUCGAAUGUCGACAAUGACUACUGUCAAGGUGACAGGGUGUGUCACGAAGACGACAUACAGCUUCUGUUCACGGAUCCGAACAAGGCGAGAGAUGCGGCGACGCGCAGGGUGGUGGGAGAGGUGCAGGCGAGAUGGUUCGCGUUUGCGACCAGUGGCGAUCCGAAUACGGGCGACUAUGGAGGGUGGGGCAGUGUGGGCGCCGGUCAGCGGGAGGCGGUUCAUGUGUUGAGGCUGGGUGCGAAGGCGUCCGGUUUGUCGGCGCUAGACACGAUCUCGCUGCAGAAGGUACAAUAUGCGGGCUGUGGGCAGGUCUGGCAUAGUCAAGUUCAGUUUGACUGGCAGCUGUACGGCUAG